UUCAUUAGGUCCAAAGGAAACAAAGAGUAUUUGCUUGAUGUUGGAUCCAGGAAGAUUCCCGUAUAUUGUCACAUGACCAAGCAUAUGCUUGAUGCAUGCGGAGGAGGUGGAUGGACGCUGGUCAUGAAAAUCGAUGGCUCAAAGGUACUAUCAGUAAAAUAUCCUCACUAGUAGCUCGGUCUUUUACCACUUAACUGCCACUAUAAACUGAAGGUAAACUUUCAGUACAAGUCAAGAGUCUAACGCAAGUAGAAAAAAGAAAAUCUAGUAGUGUAGGUUUAAAAAGUGUCAGCUCAAUGAUGUAUCAAUUCACUGUUAGUACCAGACAAGGUACUAAGAGAAUAAUAUCCCAGGACAAAAUUAGUAAACAACAAGAUGUAACUGUACCAUAUAAAAUAGCAAAGCGACAGUAAUUUAUAUAAAUGUUUUUUUUUUCUUUUUGAAAUGCACCCAGAAAACCUUUCACUUCAAUUCCAAUCUCUGGAGCAACAAAGCCGACUUCAACCUUCCAGGAGGGAAGACUGGGUUGGACACUCACGAGACCAAGUUACCGACUUAUUGGAACACACCGUUUAACAAGAUCUGUCUUGGAAUGAGGGUUGGUCACCAGUUCACCUCUGUUGUCAUCAACCAUCAAGCCAGAUCCCUGUUUUUCAUGAUCGCAGAUGGCAAAUACCGAGCUACUUCAUUGGGCCGUAACACGUGGAAGAAGCUCAUUGGGUCUCGGGCCUCGUUACAACCCAACUGUAACAAAGAGGGAUUCAACGCCAUAUGUACCAAUACUAGCAAAGCGAGAAUUGGUAUCCUUGGAAACAACGAAAAUGAAUGUAACAGCUGUGACUCCAGGAUCGGGUUUGGCACUGGAAGCCCUCACGAUGACUCUAACACGUGUGGCAAUGAUGCUAUAACCGGGGGAGAUAAUGGCGACCAGCACAUUAAAGCCAUGGGAUACAUAUUGGUCCAAUAA